AUGUCAAUGACGACGGAUGUGGGCUCGGACACCUCCCUGCCCACCACCGCCCACUUGCCCGCCACUGCCCACUUGCCCACCAUUGCCCGCUCGCCUACCAUUGCCCUCUCGACCACACAGAGGAUAACAACAGCGGGAGCAGAACAACAACAGCGAGGGCAGGACGACAACUACGGCGGGGGCAGAACGACAAUGAUGGCGGGGACAGAACGACAACGACGAUGGGAGCAGCACGACAACGACAGCGGGGCACUUCACCCCCACCCUCCCGUCAUUCCCUCCCCCCGUCGUCUGCCCCGUCGUCUCGCCUGCCUCUUGCCCACUUCGCUGUCUGCCCUGCCGUCUCGUCCCUUGUCCGUCCCUUGUCCACCCCUUGUCCACCCUCUCGCCCUCUUCCUCGCCCUCUCACCCCUCUUCCGUCCACCCCUUGUCCACCCCUUGUCCACCCCUUGUCCACCCCUCGCUCGCCCCUCGCUCAUGCUCUGCCUGGCCUUCGCCCUGUCGCCCUCUCCCGUCGCCCUGUCGCCCUGUCGCCCGUCGCCCUCUUUCGCCCUCGCCCUCUUUCACCCUCACCCUCUUUCGCCCUCACCCUCUUUCGCCCUCACCCUCGCCCUCUCCGUCACCCUCUCACCGUCGCCCUCUCGCCCACCCUCUCGCCUUCUCGCCUUCGCCCUCACCCUUUCGCCUUUGCCCUCUCGCCCACCUCUCCCUCUCACCUGCCUCGCCCCCGCUGUCUCGCCACAACGACGACAACGACCGGCACAGAAUGACAACGACAACGACUGGCGGCACGACAACGACAGGGAGGGCAGCACGACAAUGGCGGCAGGGGCACUCUGCCUCGCCCUGUCGCCCUUUGCUGCGCCUUCUCGCCCCUCGUCAACCCCUCAUCAACCCCUCGGCCGCCCAUCGCUCGCCCCUCACCCCUCGUUCACCCUCGCCCUCUGCCUCACCCCUCUCCCUCUGCCCUGCCCCUUGCCCUCUGCCCCCUGCGUCACCCUCUCGCCCGCUGUCACCCUCUCGCCCGCCUCUCACUGUCACCUCACCCCCUCGCUGUCCGUCCAUUGA